AUGGUUGGAGCUAUUUCAGCUUGUACACAACUUGGGGAUAAUGAAGUUGCAGCCACAUUAGCAAAUCACGUGGAGGAAGGAUGUGAGAGGACACUCUUUGUAUCCAAUGCAUUGAUCCAUAUGCAUUCCAAAUGUGGGGACAUAGAACAGGCAUGGAGAGAAUUUAACAGAAUGAGUAUCAGAGAUGUAAUAUCUUAUAGCGCAUUGAUCGCCGCUCUUGCCGACCAUGGAAAGGCCGAGGUUGCCAUGAAUCUCUUCUCAGAGAUGCAAAAAGAAGGAAUAAGACCGAACCAGGUAACAUUCGUCGGUCUCCUCAAUGCAUGUAGCCAUGUAGGACUGAUUGAGGAAGGGUGCCAAUAUUUUGAGCUCAUGACUCGGGUCUUCGGGAUUGAGCCACUUAAGGAGCACUAUGCUUGCAUGGUUGACCUUCUUGGAAGGGCUGGGCAGCUUGAAAAGGCGUACAAUCUUAUAAUAUACAACAUUGGAGCUGCUGAUGCAAAGAUCUGGGGCUCUUUGUUAGGAGCUUGCAAGGUACAUGGUAAUACCAAAUUGAGUGAGAUCGCAGCAAUGCAUCUCUUCAAAAUAGAGCCGCAUGAUGCCGGAAAUUAUGUGCUUUUAGCAAAUACUUAUGCAGAAAUAAAUAAAUGGGAUGAUGCUGAGAGGGUGAGAAAGAUGAUGAGUGAAAGAGGAAUGAUAAAAUCUCCUGGGUGUAGCUGGAUUGAAAAGUUGGGAUAA